AUGUUUGCCGCCAUCGAGCGUACACCAUCACGCGAAAAGAGUCGGGAAGUAGCGCUGUUCUGGGGUGAAGAAAAUUCUCUGUUUGAAAUUCCGGUGAGGGUGAGUGCGGGCGCUGGCGCGGUUUUCAUUAACUUGGACGCAGCAAGAAUGGGGGAGGACGAGACUGAUGGUGCAGAGAAGAAAGAGGAGGAUCAUGUUGACGGCUUCUUGAAUAUCGAGAAAUACAAGAGUCGAUGGUUGUGUGGGAGGACCGUGGAAGGUGGCUUCAAUUGGAAGCAUGCAGUUGACCCGAAACUCUUCAACAUUGGAAUUCCUGAUAUGUCAAAGUCAUCUCCGCUAAGAUCUUGGUUGGCAAAGAAGCCUACCCACACGAUGGCACUAGAUCUAUUUCCUAACUCGGCGAUAUACAAAAUCCCUGGCGCGGAUAUAUGGUACUCGAUUGUUCUGAUGCCCGCAUCACCGACAAAGACAAACAUUCGUUGGGAUUUGUAUUCCGUGGCAGGUAAACCGAAACCAGCAGUUGAGAAGGCCAUUGAAUCCCAGAUCGAAGGCAUGAUUAGCAUCCGAGCCAAAGAAUUUGAAAACCUACCUCGAGUAGUGAACGAUGAAAAUGAAGAAAGUCAAUCUCAAAUCCUAGUCCAGCUUAAAGCUCAUUUGAGAGUCGAGAAGGCCUUGGGAAAGCUUAUUACACCUACAAUGAACAAAGCCAAGACCAGCGAGAAAUUCAUACAGGCCGAAAUUUUGUGCAAGGAACUGGAUUGCCUCAGCAACAACACAGUGAAGGGGGGUAGCAAAGAGCAGAGUAUCCUGGCAUGGUAA